AUGAUCCUCAUGUCGAACCUCAACCGAACAAAAAUAGAUUUACCUCGCGAAACCGCGUGGAUUCAAACGGGCGUUAGCCUUGGCCAGCUGUACUACGAGAUUCAGACGAAAAGCAGUGUCCACGCGUUCCCGGCAGGACUUUACCCAUCCGUGGGCUCCGGCGGCCACAUCAGUGGAGGUGGCAUCGGAACUCUAACGAGGAAAUACGGGCUCGCCUCGGAUAACGUGCUUGAUGCUCGGAUAAUAAAUGUCAACGGGACCAUACUCGACCGGAAAGGGAUGGGUGAGGACCUCUUUUGGGCCCUCCGGGGCGGCGGGGGUUCGAGUUUCGGCGUGAUUCUCGCGUGGAAGCUUCGGCUCGUGCGGGUCCCACCGGAAGUCACUGCAUUUUCGGUUCGCCGGAGGCUCGAAUUCGACAAACUGGAGAAUCUCGGCCUUCUCGAGAAAUGGCAGGGGAACGCUUAUAGAGCUCCCGACGAACUUUUCGUGAGAUUACUCGUACAGACGGCGCCCGACGAUGACUCGGGAGAGAAAAAAUUUGUUCAGGUCACGUACAACGGGCUUUUCCUCGGGCCCGCAGAAAGAUUCGUUCAUCUCGUCAACCGGACUUUCCCGGAGUUUAAUUUCACGGUCGGGGACUGUCUGAACAGGCCGGAGAAUAACAACAACGGAUGUCCCAACCGGCCGUGCGUUAAAAAGGAGUGCUUUAAGGUGUCGUGGAUUCAAUCGGUGCUGUAUUUCUCCGGGAAAAAACCCGACGACCCGCCGGAGAUUCUGCUCCAGAAGAAGGCGAACAUGUUCAAUUUUCAUAAGGGAACGUCGGAUUUCCUCAAGGCUCCCGUACCAGCAGAGGGGUGGCGGAUGGUACACGACGCAAUGUUGCGCGAGGAGCAGCCGAUGAUAAUAAUCGACCCGCUCGGAGGAAAAAUGGAUCGGAUAUCGGAAGACAAGACGCCCUUCCCACAUAGAAAGGGGAACCUUUUCAACGUGCAGUAUUUAACGUAUUGGUGGGUGAAUAAUAACGAAAGCGAGGCGAACAAGCACUUGAAAUGGAUGAGGGAUUUGCGCGAGAAAACGAAGCCUUACGUGGCUAAGUCUCCUCGGACGGCGUACAUUAACUAUAAGGACCUUGAUUUGGGGAGUAACGACGCGAACUUUAGCUAUAGCCAGGGGAAGGUGUGGGGGGAGAAGUAUUUUAAGGAUAACUUUGAGAGACUGGCGAGAGUGAAGGGGAAGGUCGACCCGAGUAAUUUCUUCAGAAACGAGCUAAGCAUUCCGGUUUUGUUGCAGUAG